AUGGCCACCGAGAAGCAGGAAGACGGGGUCCCCGUCGAAGUGCGCAAGCUCUCGAUACACGCCGAGCACGCAGAGGAAAUCGCAGAGGCCGUGGCCGUCGAGCACACGCUGUCGUUCUGGGAGGCCGUCAAGCUGUAUCCCAAGGCCAUCGGGUGGUCCAUGUACUUCAGCAUGGGCGUCAUCAUGUUGUCUUUCGAUCCCCAGCUCCUCGGCAACCUCUACGCCAUGCCCGCCUUCCAGCGCGACUUUGGCUACAUUUUUGAAGACUCGUACAUCAUCUCUGCGGCAUGGCAGACUGGGCUGUCGAUGGGCAAUCCCAUUGGCCAGGUCAUCGGCGCGCUCGCGGCUGGGUAUCCCAUGGAGUGGUACGGGCGCAAGAAGACGUUCAACGUGUGCGUCGUGCUCGUCGCGGGACUUGUCUUCAUCCAGUUCUUUGCGCGCUCGCUGCGAGUCCUCCUCGCGGGCGAACUGCUGGGGGGCCUGGUGCUCGGCGCGUUCGUGGUCAUUGCGCCCAGCUAUGCGAGCGAGGUGACGCCGCUGGCCAUGCGCAGCGUGUCGACGAGUUAUGUCAACUUGUGCUUUGUUACAGGACAGCUGUUGGGGAACGGCGUAACGGCCGCGACUAAGGAUUUGACUUCCCACUGGGCGUACUCGAUCCCGUUUGCGCUGCAGUGGUUUUGGAUCCUGCUCAUCAUCCCAGGGAUGUAUUUCGCGCCGGAGUCGCCGUGGUGGCUCGCGCGGCAGGGCCGCUUCGACGAGGCAGAAGUCUCGCUCCGGAGGCUGUCUAGCAGAGGCGUGAAUGUCAAGGCUGUGCUCGCGCAGCUCAUCGAGACCGAUAGAUUGGAGACGCAGAUGGAGGCGGGAUCUACGUAUACUGACGUCUUCCGCGCAGUGAAUUGGCGACGCACCGAGAUUGCCAUUGGCGUGUAUGCCACGCAAGUCCUCUGUGGGAUCUACCUCAUCAACUAUGGCACGUAUUUCUUCAGCCUUGCGGGACUGAACACCGCACAGGCGUAUAACAUGGGGAUUGGGUUUAUGGCUGUGGGAUGGGUCAGUACGAUAUUUAGUUGGUUCCUGAUGCAGAGGUUUGGAAGGAGAGUGUUGUAUAACACCGGUCUGACCAUCUUAACCAUCAUAAUGUUUCUCGUUGGGAUUCUGGACGUGGUCCCAACGAAGGGGGCGGUCUGGACGCAGAGCACGCUGCUAUUGGUCUGGAACUUUACGUUUGACUGGAGUGUCGGACCCGUGGCCUAUGCUAUCUUCUGCGAAGUCUCUGCCACACGUGUGCGGUCUAAGACCAUUGCUGUUGCAACUGCCAUCCAGGCCGUCGUGGGCAUUAUCAUGACUGUCGCUAUUCCGUACCUCAUCAAUCCCGACCAAGCGGCCUUGAGGGGAAAGCUUGGCUUCUUCUUUGGGGGGCUGAGCUUGCCGUGCCUUGUUUGGUGCUGGUUCAAGGUACCAGAGAUGAAGGGGCGGACGUAUGAGGAGCUAGACAUCAUGUUUGAGCGGGGCGUGAAGACGAGGGAGUUCAAAACGUAUGUGAUCUGA